AGCCUUUGCCGGCCACUUCAAGCAGCGAAAACUCCUGGAACCAGUAUGAGCUCAUUCAAGAAAAACUGUCUGCUGCAUUCACUCUUCCCUGUGGGGGAACACUGGCUUGAAGAACUGAAGAGGACAUGCAAAGAAAAAGCAUAUUGGAGCUUGCUGUGCAUGUGUCAAAUGCAGGUGAAAGCUCAUGGGAUGUCCUUAAACAGUCUCCAGACUGUGACCUACAGAAUGCACUUGGUUGCAGCACUGUCCACUCCAGUAACAGACUUAACCCAGCACAUUUGGUUCUGCAGAGCUCUCCACGCACAAGGACUACAUUAACUCCACCAGCAAGGAGUGAAUUGACUGAUCCAUGUACCAGUGCAAAUGUUGCCAGCCUACCUGCUCCGCCUUCCAAACGUCACUGCCGUUCUCUUUCUGUGCCAGAGGACCUGUCUCGCUGCCGCUCCACAUGGCGGCCUUGCAGUUCCAAAAUCUGGACACCUGUCAAACGGAGGUGCAACAGUGGAGGAAGUGCCGUAGGUACUCAGUAUCCUAGCUCCAUACAGAGAUCCUCCACUCUCAGGUUUCCAAAAGACCUCAGUGCCUCAUUCCAGUGCAUUCAGACCAGCAGUCCAACCUUUUUCAGCCUGGCCUUGUCUCCAGAGUGUCAUGGCUCUUGUACUUUGUCCCCUAAUAGUGGUAUUUGGGAUAGCAGUGAUGGGCCUUUCCAGGGCACCAGCUUUCUCUCAGAAGAGCAAGUCCACUUCUGCUCACACAGACGUUUUUCCUUGUCUCCAAUUCAUAUCAAGGAGCCUGCUAGAAGUCAGCAGUCAGCUAGCAGCACACCUUCUUCCACUCCAGAGCUUAUUCGGCGUCAGCAGGGAUUACUGAGGAGCCACUCUCAGCCCUGUGACUUGAACAUACGAAAGUGCGGAGCCAGGCUGAAACGACGACAUGAUGAGGAUUUCCGGUGGAACCGACCUGCUCUGGAUUUUUAUAAAAUGAACCAGAAACGCAACACAUUGACCUUGUGCUGUCUGGAAGCAGAUUGUUACAGAGAAAGUGUUGAGGAGCAGAUUAAAAGCUGUCCAUAUUUCAGAACAGGCUGCAGCAGCCAUGCGACGCAGACCCUUUCACCAGGGCCCCUUCCCACUGAACAGUAUUGUCCAUCUACCAGCAACAUUCAGAUUCCAAGUGAAAGUGAAGAUGAAGAUGAAGAUUUAAAAAUUAAUUGUGCAUCAUUUGCUGGCUCAGGAGUAGUGUUUCAGCGUGACUGUGCUGAUCUGGAUUUAGCACUGAUUGAGGAAAACUGAUAUUACAAUUCUCAGGAAAUAUUUUUAAUAAAAGGUUCAAUUUGUUCUGAAAAUUAACACAAAACUGAUGGUUAUACUGCCAGCCUUGAGUAAUCCCUCUGUGUGGGGCAGCAAAUGUUAGCAGUAAUUCCGUUUCCAUCAUGUCUUUUAGCUCAGAGGCUUUGAACAUUCCAGCAGUUUGUGAUGAAGUGAAAAUAAAACAAGUUACACAACAAGAAA